GCCAGUCAAAGCAUACUUAUAAAGUGACGUGCGCGAGUCGCGACUAGUGGGGAGCAUAUCCGCGUCACGUCACACAUCCAAGAGCGACCGCGACUGUCACUGGCAUUGUGUGUUUAUCUACGCUAUUAACAAACGCAAUAUCUCGCAAGAUAUCGUACCGUUGUCUCAUUUCGUCGUGACUUUCCUUGCCGAUCAUUAACGAAAAUGUCUUUCAUAUCGCCGAUGCCGAGUCAGCAGUUUCUUUGGGACGUAUUUCAGAGGGUAGACAGAGAUAGAUCUGGCGCAAUCAGUGCGAACGAACUACAACAAGCUCUCUCAAAUGGCACAUGGACACCGUUCAAUCCCGAAACUGUACGCCUAAUGAUUGGUAUGUUUGAUAAAUCCGAUCCUGCUACAGGUAUGUUUGAUAAGAAGCAGUCAGGUACUGUCAGUUUUGAAGAGUUUGGGGCGCUCUGGAAGUACGUCACCGAUUGGGAGAGUUGCUUCCGAUCGUUCGACCGCGACAACAGCGGUAACAUUGAUCGCAACGAAUUGAAGACGGCUCUAAUAAAUUUCGGAUACCGGCUAAGCGAUCACAUAAUUGACAUGCUGAUACGAAAGUAUGAUCGUGCAGGACAUGGUACAAUAUACUUUGACGACUUUAUACAAUGCUGCAUUGUCCUACACACCCUUACAAACUCUUUCAAACGACUGGAUACAGAUAUGGAUGGUGUUAUAACAAUCCACUACGAACAAUUUUUGGGCAUGGUGUUUGGUCUCAAGAUAUAAAUGCACAAUGUCACUCAGCAAAUAUUUUUCUUUCUUGUCUGUUUUAGCGAGAAAGUAUAUUCAAUAUAUGAGGAUACAAUAAGAUGCCAAAUAAAGACAAAAAUUUUUAUGUGUUAUGUGUAAAGAAACUCAGAAUCUCCAACUUAUUAUUUGACAAGAAUGUCACGUGCAAAAUUAUAUAUAAAACAUAAUUAUAUAAUUCUUAGCAUUCUUGUAAAAUAGUAAAUUUUGGAGAUUCUAAAAUAUAAGUGUUAAUUAAACAGAUAUAACAAUAAAAUUAUACUAUUACAUUCGUUUAAAAACAGACGAUGGAGUCUGUUAAUACAAGUCAAUUAUAAUAAUAUACAAAACAUCACUCUGAUCUAAUCAAAUAAUUUAUUUGCAAAGUUUGCAAGUUUAAGUGCACUAUGACUUCCAGUAUAUUGUUACAUACAUGUAUUAACUGUUAUAUAAUGUAAGAAUUUACGAGUAUAAAUGUGUGUAAAUUAUGGCAGAUAAUGUAACAAUUAUAAGCAACAAUUAAAACAUCCUAAAUUGCUUGUUAGUGCUAAAUUGCUAUUACACAUUUAUUAAUAUUUUAUCAACGCAUAUGAUGUUUACAGUUGUAUUUUUCUAUAACUAUACUGUAAUGUUAAUAAACGAUCUAAAAAUGUA